AUGAGUCAAAGUUUAUUGUCUUGCAAUGUGGUCGGUGCUGAGGUGAAUCAUCACUGGAUGCCGAAGGUAUCUCCAACGAGGAGGGGCUUCUCCACUGAGAUGAGUUACCCGAGGAUGCCGAAGUGUCAUAGACAUCGUCAAAGUACACAUGACUCCCAUACCGAGGAAGAACCCACGCGCCGAGAACUUGACUUGUGUCGCGUGUUGCUCUGUCACUAUUUGCCAAAGUGUCCCAUCAAUUACCGCUAA